AUGCUUGGUCAUCGUUUGAUCACCAAACAAACUUCACAAUCAGGUGUCCUCGUCAGUAAAGUUAUGGUUGCAGAAUCUGUUAGUAUUGUCCGAGAAACUUACUUUUGUAUCUUACUGGACAGAAACCAUAAUGGACCUGUAAUCAUAGCAUCUCCUGAAGGAGGAAUGGAUAUUGAAACUGUUGCUGAAGAGACUCCGCACCUCCUCAAAACAGUACCUGUCGACAUAAAUGUUGGGCUCACCAACUCUAUGGCUAAUGAAAUUGCGGAGUUCCUGCUCUUCAAAGGAGAUAUGAAGUCCAAGGUUGUGAAUCAGAUUAAGAAUCUUUAUGAUAUGUUUGUAAAACUUGAUGCUGUUCAAAUAGAAAUCAAUCCUCUGGUUGAAACCGACAAGAAUAAUGUGAUUGCUGUAGAUGCCAAAAUACAACUUGAUGAUAAUGCUGAGUUUCGCCAACGAGAAGUAUUUAAAUUAGAUGAUAUCUCUGAAUCAAACCCUUUAGAAGUACGAGCUGCCCAACACAAUCUGAAUUACGUCAGUAUGGAUGGAAGCAUAGGUUGUCUUGUAAAUGGUGCUGGCUUGGCCAUGGCUACAAUGGACAUCAUCAAGUUGCAUGGUGGAGAGCCUGCAAAUUUUUUGGAUGUGGGUGGUGGGGUCACUGAAAAUCAGGUUCUCAACGCAUUUAGUAUAUUGACCUCUGAUUCAAAAGUUAGAUCCAUCUUGGUCAAUGUUUUUGGAGGAAUUGUGAACUGUCGCACCAUUGCUGCAGGUGUGAUUGGUGCCGCCAAAGAAAUGGGAUUGAAUAUUCCUUUGAUCGUUAGAUUAGAAGGUACCAAUGUACAAGAAGGGAAGCAGCUACUUGAGUCUUCAGGUUUGCCUAUUCAGUUCGCAGAUAAUUUAGAUCAAGCUGCUCUCAAAGCAGUGUCAAGUGCUUAGUGCUUCAAUUUUUUAUUGUUUCUUUCGUUUUUUACUUUUUUGUACUCUUACUUACCUAUCGAUUAUUGUUUCUCUGUUUAGCCCUUCUCUCAAAUCAAAAUUCUAUUAAGAAGUGUAUUUUUCAACAAAA